AGGUAACAAUGAUGAUGAUGAUGAUGAUGGUGAUCAAGAAAUGCCUAAUGUUGGAGGAGGUGAUGAUGAUGAUGAUGAUGGUAAUGGAGAUAAAGAUAAGGAUAUCAAAAAUGAAAUUGUUGAAGAGGCAGUGGAAGAAGAAGAAGAAGAAGAAGAAGAAGAAGGAGAUGGAGAACAAACUCUAGCUAUUGUUCAACAAACCGAAGCUUCAACUUCAACUGAAACCGUAAAGAAGAAGAGGGUGAUCACUAAACCAGCUAAUUCCCACAUGCCUCCCCCUCACUUGAUGCUUACACUGAAAGAAGGUGAGUUUCAAGGGGGGCCUCAAGAGAUGGUGGAGAUGUUCUUUUUGGAUACAAAGACUCACGGGCAUGUACGAUCCAUAAUAUUAUCGAUCACAAGCAUGUCGUCCGUCUCAUGAGGCGCCAAGCUUCAUGUUCAAUGACUAAUACUUGGAAUCUUGAGGAUGAAUGUGAGGAGGUGAAAGUGAUUGUCAAGAACUCCGGGUUGUGGCCUGCGGUGGAUAGUUCAAAUAUUGAGCAUGAUAGAGUUACUGUAUCUGCAUUCUGUGAGAGGUUCUACGGAGAGACUGAUACAAUGUUAUUCCCAUUCAGUGAGAUGACGAUAACUCCUGAUGAUGCUCAUCAAAUUCUAGGCCUCGAGGUUGAGGGAAAAGCAGUCAGUGAGGGCUUCGAUGAUGAUUUUUCUUUCAAGGAUAUUAACAAAUUGAGACAUAAAUUGUUCGGUUGGAAUCAGAUUGAGACGGAGUCUAUACUUGAGAAGAAGGAUGGUCGUCUAAGCAGAAAGUUUAAUCUGAAGAAGUUGAGGGACACAUUUUGUGACACCAAGAAAAUCUUUGAUAAGGAAGGAAGGGUGAACCCGGUGCGAAUCAAUGCUACCGCGUCAGGUUAUUUGCUAUAUGUCCUGGGCAAAUGUAUCUUCCCCGACAGUUCCGGAAGCUUGGUCGACGCCAGUUAUAUGCAACUAUUGGAUCCCUUAGAUAAGAUGCAUGAGUAUUCUUGGGGUACUGCGAUGGUCGCCUUCUUGAACAAUGAGUUGACAAAGGGUUCUAGGGCACUCACUGCGUUUGGAUAUAUGAGCACUUCCCUUCUUUGGUGAAAGCCAACUCCUACAUCAAAGUGGAUGAGAAUAUUGCGAUUGAUAAGCCAAGAGGGCAAAGAUACAGUUUUAAGGGUGGUCAGGAUAAGGAAAUACCGCAAAAUCUUAUCAAACUCUGAAUCGCCAUCGACAAAUUGACUGCAGAUGAUGUGUUAUUUGAUCCGUAUCGAGAUGCUAGAAAUCAAGGUUUAAUCCAAAGGAGAGAUGAAGUUGCAUUAUACUAUGGACCUUUAAUGACUGUGGAUGGUGGAUAUUCAAUGUACGAUCCACAUCGGGUAAUGCGACAAUUGGGUUACGUCGAAGAAGAACCUCAUUUCGAUGAAGAUAAUCCGUUCUUUACUGUGUUAAAGGCUAACUGCUCCACGUCCCAAAAAACUAUUAACGUCGCUUACAAUCCACCGCCAAAUCAAGAACAUUGGGACGAUAGACGUGGUCGUAUCAUCGAUGUGAGUCUUUUGGAUGAGGUGACCAAAGGUAAUGAAGCUAGUGAGAAAUACAUGACGUGGUACUUGGGUUGGGCUCGUCCUACUGUGAUUAUGAAACCGACUGCUGAAGAACUGGCUCGUAUCAAGAAGAUGUCAUCGAAAGACCCAUAAAUAAGUCUUAAGUUCUUUAAGGAGCAGUUGAAGACCUUUGUGAAGGUGUUGUGUUGCGCGAAAGACAGAGGAGAGCCUUUGUCGAUUGAAGAGCAAAGCAAGCACAUUGACUAUGCUUGCAAUAUUGACAAUGAGGAUUCCCAUGAAUUGUUCAAGCAAGCUGAUACUGAAGUAAAGAGGGAAGAAAAAGCCAGUAGGGAAGCACAAGCCAAGAUGAAUGCUGACAAAAAGAGAGCUCGUAGUGGUCGUGGUGGUGAAGGUAGUAGUAGUGGUGGUGUUCCUAAACGGGGUCGUGGCCGUGGUCGUGGUCGUGGUGGUGAAUGAAUGCAGUCUCUAGUUUAUUUCUGGUUAACGGUUGGACAAAUGUUUUUUUUAAGGUUUAUGGGACAUGUUUUCGU